AUGAAGUUAUAUGGAACUGUGAUAUUAUGCUUACCAUUUCUAGCGAUGUGCGCCUCUGAGGUUUCUCAACAUGUGGCAGAUACUAUGAGUAAUAGGGCUCAAGCCCCAUACAAGAGAGUUAUGGAGCAUGGAAAAACAUGUGUUGGAAAGGUGUGCAAUCUUUUCGAGAAAGGCAAAAACAUGCUCUAUACUAGAAUCAAGAAUGCCAUGUCUAGUAUUAGAAGCAAGAGCGAAAAGGCCAAAGAGGUUGCUGGGUCUGAGAACAUGCAAGGGUCUGAAGAAGAAGCAUUUGACCUUUCUCCUGAAGAUAUUGAGAAAUUAAUUGAGGAGGUUAAGAAGAAGCUUGCCGGGUAUAUGGAUGUGGCAGAAGAGAAAAAUGAAGAAGAAGAGAAGAAGGAGUUGUGA